AUGGUGAUCAACUACAGCAAGUGGGACGCCCUCGAGCUCUCCGACGACAGCGACAUUGAAGUGCACCCCAAUGUCGACAAGAAGUCAUUUAUCCGCGCGAAACAAGCCCAGAUCCACCAGGAACGCGAACAGCGCCGCCACCAAAUAAAAACCCUCAAGUACGAGCGCAUCAUCAACGAUGGCCUCACAGAACGCGUCGAUCGCCUCCUCACCGCGCUCAAGUCGCACAAGGACAAGCAGACCGAGGGCAGUGGUACAAAGGACGAUCAGCUCGUGUUCCAGGCAAUGAUGGAGAGCAUGAUGGAUAUGAAGGCCGACAAGGACGGCGGCACUGACAGGCCGCCGGCGCCUCCAGAAGGCGUGCAUGAGCAUAUCAAGGACAAGCCUACAUACCCACAGAUGAUGGCCAGUCUCGUAGAUGCGGUGAAGAAGGACAUUGACGAGAAAAAGAGCGACGAGCCAAGAUACGACCAGUUUAUCAAGGGACUCGAGAAAGAGAGGGCACGGAUACAGGAUCUUCAGAGCCAAUUGCUUGCUAAGCUGGCGGAGCUAGAAAAGGAGGAGAAGAGACAUAUCACCAGCGACGACAUCCAUGAGGGCUUCAACUACUCGAAUGUGAAAAAGGCUGAAGAAGAAAAGAAGAAGGCUGCAUCGUCAACAGGCGCAAAGAAAGAAACCACAGUCGAACUACUCAACAGCCCCCGACCAAGCACCACGAGGACAGACACAGGUCAAUCAUCUGGUGCCGACGCCGACACAGAAGAAGUAGCCACGGCUGCAGCUUCCACCGGCGACAAUGACGACGACAUCACUGCUUCUCCUCUCGCACAGUCCUUUGCAAAGAUAAAAGUAGGAGACUGGUACGCAUGUCUCCAAUUCCUCAUGCAGCACCCAGAAAUCCUGUCCGAGAAAGAGACGGACGGCCUUCUCGUUGAAGCCUUCAAUGCUGAACUCGACGGCAAGCCCAAACACGCCAGACAAUGCGUACACCAGGGCCUGCUACUGCAAUACUGUCGCCAGCUCGGCGGCAGACAAGGCGUCGAGCUCUUUUUCAAGCGCAUACAAACAAAAGACCACCAGGCAGGCAAAAUGUUCAACGACGACGUCGACUCGACAUACCACCGCAUCAAGACGCGCGCCGCCGAGAUUCUCAAGGAGCGCGCCGAGAACCCGCAGGGCGAAGGCGCAGGCGUAGAACAGAUUCAGCUUCACGCCGUGGAUCCCAAUACGCAAAUCAACAUCUCGGUGCCGCCGAAAGAGCCGACUGCAACGGACCCCGAGGAAAGAGAGGCUGAAGUCCAGGCCAGACAGAUUUUCGAGAGCUUCCCGCCAGGCCUGCAGCGGGCGCUUGAGAGCGGAAAGCUCGACGAGGUCAACAAGGUGCUUGCCAAGAUGAGCGUCGAUGAGGCUGAGGAGGUGGUGGAGAAGCUGGGGCAGGGCGGCAUGCUGAGUCUGGAGCAGGGCGUCAUUGAUGCCACGACCGAGGAGGGCCAGCGCGUCAUGAAUGAAAUUGAAAAGAAUCGCGCUAUGCCAGCUGCCGAGCCACCACAGGACUAG